GUCAGACACGUCGAGCUGGUCACAAGAUGGCGUCAAGCAGCACGAGCAGCGAGGAGGAGCGCGGCCUCCAGGAGUGCGAGCGCUACGUCCAGAAGCACCACAUCCAGCAGCUGCUGAAGGACUGCAUCGUGCAGCUGUGCACGGCCCGGCCCGACCGGCCCGUGGCCUUCCUCCGCGACUACCUGCAGCGCCUGGAGAAGGAGGAGGCCCAGCAGGUGGCGCUGCAGCAGAAGUCCGACUCCCGUGAGGACGAGGUGUCCCCGCCCAUGAACCCCGUGGUGAGGGAGCGCGCCCGGAGAGGAGCCAUCAGUGCGGAGGUGUACACGGAGGAGGACGCGGCCGCCUACGUCAGAAAGGUGAUCCCUAAAGACUACAAGACCACGGCGGCGCUGGGUAAAGCCAUGGAGAGGAACGUGCUGUUCGCCCACCUGGACGACACCGAGAGGAGUGACAUCUUUGAUGCGAUGUUCUCAGUCAACUACAUCGCUGGAGAAACGGUCAUCGAGCAAGGCGAUGAGGGAGACAACUUCUACGUCAUUCACCUGGGGGAGAUGGACGUGUACGUGAACAACGAGCUGGUGACCAGCAUCGGGGAGGGGGGGAGCUUCGGGGAGCUGGCUCUGAUCUACGGGACCCCCCGGGCGGCUUCGGUCAGGGCCAGGUCCAACGUGAAGCUGUGGGGCAUCGACAGAGACAGCUACCGGAGGAUACUCAUGGGAAGCACCUUGAGGAAGCGCAAGAUGUACGAGGAGUUCCUCAGCAAGGUGUCCAUUCUAGGUGAGAACAUGUGACUGGACCCUCGUGUUGCCCCGAUGACCCCUGCCCCUCGUCCUGGACGGGUUCAGUUUGGGGACCGCCAGAGGAUCGUGGUGCAGGGAGAGCCUGGAGACGAGUUCUUCAUCAUCCUGGAGGGGACAGCAGCUGUGCUCCAGAGGCGUUCAGAGGAAGAGGAGUUUGUGGAGGUCGGCAGACUCGGACCCUCAGAUUACUUUGGUGAGAUCUCCCUGCUGAUGAACCGGCCCCGGGCUGCCACCGUGGUGGCGUGCGGGCCCCUGAAGUGUGUGAAGAUGGACCGUCCUCGUUUUGAGAGGGUUCUGGGGCCCUGCUCCGACAUCCUGAAGAGGAACAUCCAGCAGUACAACAGCUUCGUGUCCCUCUCCGUCUGACCGCUCCUCUUCCUCCUCUCCGUCUGACCUGCUCCUCUUCAUCCUCUUCCUCCUCUCCGUCUGACCUGCUCCUCUUCCUCCUCUAAGGGGACCUCCCUGUGACUCCUGGUUCUGUCUCCUCUGAACCGGGCUGCCUUCUCUGAGCGCGUUAUGAACACGACUAUAUUAUACAGACACCCAGAGGACAUCUUCAUGUUCUUCAUCUUCAUGUCUCUUUAACGUGUUCCGUGACCCGUAAACGACAUUCCAUCACCCUUCGGCUGCAGCAGCUCCUGUUACCAUGGUUACCAGUCUGCUGUGGCCGGUUGUAGCUCGUAGACACGCCCCUUAAGGGUUGCCAUGGCAUUAAGAGGCUGUAGUUUUAACCCGGAGAGAUGAAGCGUGACCUUUCAGUCCGUUAAUUGUUCCCCUGUCUCUUUAAAUGUUGACGUCUUAACUUCUUCAGGAUGGUUUCCUUUGUUUUACUUUAAGUAUUCAUGAACUCUUGAACAAGAGAAGAUGUGACUAUAGGUGUAAUGUUUUAACCCUUUAACUCACAUUAGUUACAGCUCUGAUGCAAAUCUAUAUAUUUCUAUAUUUCUCUGCAGAUUUUGCGAUAUACAAACUAUUUAAUCAAAGGAAAGCUUUGAGAUGCUGUUCAGGGUUCGUGUGUGUGUGUGUGUGCUCUCCAAACCAAACUGCCAACAUUCUUCAGUGACAAUAGUGGAAGUGUGUGUUCCACUUCAUGUUCCUCUCUAUUGGUCCUGAAGCUUUUCUUUCUCUCAGAAACCGGCCAAUCAGAGCGUGACUCAUGUUGAGCUCGUUGUUCAUGUUUAUCAAACGUGUCACUUCCUGUUUUUCAGCCGUCCUCUGACUACAGUAUUCUGACUCCAGUCGACCAGCAGAGUGUUCAGACGUGUUACAUGUUAUGACGUGUUACAUGUUACAUGACACGUGUUACAUGUUAUAUGACAUGUGUUACAGCAAUAAAGAGAAGGUUCUUUUCAGA